AUGCAAGCUGCAGCUUGGUUGGUAAAUACUAGUGAACUAUAUCAAGAACAAGGAAUAACUUUUGAUCAACAUUGGUUAUCAUACUUUGAUGUUACAACACCUAACAGUGACAAUGAAAAUAUCACAGUAGUUGAUCAAACUAAUUUAACAUCAGAAGAUGAAUGGAGUGAAGACGAAGCAGAAAUUCCUGCAGGUGUAACAGACAGUAUGCUUACACCUACUGAUUUUGUAGAUGAUACUGAAAGACAACAUAUAUACAAUGUUGCACCUGGUGAAGGUAGUAGACCACUCAGUAUUUUUAGAGAUCAGUAUUCAGAGGAACUAGCUUAUCCAGGAAUAUUCUUAGGUCAAAAGCGGCCAGAUGAGAAGCACAGAUUGACUCGUGUUCAUUACAGUGAAAUAUGUAAAUCAGAAUUUAGACGAUCGGAUCGAAGAGCUGCAAUGUGUAUUGAGAACAUAUUUUUUAAAACUAAAAAAAUGCAGAUGAAAUUACUGCUAGGGCAAUCUCAACUUGCUAUUCGCAAGUGUAAAAUGGGAAACAGAACACUUACUGCUGGUGAGUUAAAAACCCCAGAAGGUUUAACAAAUCUGAUUUGCCAUGAUGAAGGAUACAAAUUUUUAAGAGCUUUGAGAGGUUCCCCACCUUACUUUGAAAAAGCCAAAAAGGAUUUGUUUGCUAUGAUUCGGCAAUUAGGACCUGCAUCAUUAUUUUGUAGUUUUUCAUCUGCUGAAACAAAAUGGAAUCAUUUAUUAAGAAUCCUUGGUAAGCUUGUUGAUCACAAAGAUUAUAGUGAUGAACAAUGA